CCUCUUAUACCAGUUGCCCAUACUCACUCACUCUCCUAUUGUUCAGCACUCCCUAACUACUAACCGUCCUCUUCUUUGGGACCGUCUAGCAGCGUAUCGCGACGGAGCGCGUUUAGAACUUCAGCCGCCUUCGAAAAAUUACCCUGAUUCAGCAUGCGAGAGGGCAACUUCAGCUUCACAUCUCAAGGCAAGGCUGCCGUGUGUAUAACCACCCAGCUCUACGACAGACGAGCGCUUGAUGCCACUUCCGCACUCCCCUUGAAUAACUCACUAACCAAUCUCACGUACCUCACGAACACGUCCCCUCGCAUUCGCGAAAUCCUUACCAUCGAUGGUGGCCUUGAAUGUCUAGUUCGGAUGUUACGUGAAUUCGUCUCCUCACCGCCUCCACCUGUGAAUCCUCGUCAGUUCUAUGGGUUGCUUCCGCCAAAGCAGUCACUAAAACGAAGGGCUCCGACUCCUGGGGAAUUCCCUCCAUUCGACAAGGGAGCAGCCCAUCGCUUCAGUCUGGCAUUUCAAUGUGUCGUGAAUGUUGGCGUCCGUGGCUCGGAGUCAAUCCGAUCUCGCGUUGUGCAGGCUGGGAUGCUACGAGUGGUUGGUGCCGUCCUAGAGGCCUGGCUAGUCUCAAAAGGUCUUUCUUUCCCCCCGACUUCAGCAGCUUCUGUGACGAGCAAGGAAAGCCGCCAACUGCGGCACUCGAAGCGCCAGGAGGCCCGGCAUGAGGACAUCGAGCGAAGACAGAGGGCGUCCGAAGCUGUCUCUGCCACUCAACUUGCCCGUGCUCUCCAACAAGAAGUAGCUGCCGAACAAUCCGGAAUCCGAUGGCCACGACGUCCGUCAGAUGAAACGGAUGGCGAUGACGAAGAAAUGGCUGACGUCUCGACUGCCGCUGCGUCCUCAUCUGAAUAUCUCCCCCCUCGUCCAUCGUCCUCCUCUUCUGAACUACUUAGCACCGAUAAUAGCUCCGUUACAACUCCAAUCCGCGGGAACACUCCAACAGUGGAGGCGAGAGAUAGAAGUGGGACUAUAAUCGCGCCUCAGGCAAACGAGCCUGUUCAUAACCCUGUUUCUGAGACUCGCAUUCGUCGACAGUCGGCUUCUCGACAUGGAAUAGAGACGGAUGGGGAGGACUUAGACACCGACGUCAGCACGGGCCCAGCAACACGGCCCCAUGUUCAAGCCGUUGCAGUCGUUGAAAGUGUGGGGGUAGACGGAAUACAGGUGUUUGGUAUGGAUGGUUUCAGGAUGAAUGCCAUCGAUCCUACCAUUCUAACUAUGGAGGCAAAUGACGACAUGGCUCUCGGGGCGCCGCCCGGUGCACCUGGCGCGGUAACUCAACGUGUGGACGUAGGGACGCCUCAACCAGGAGCCAUUGAUACGACGCCUCGUGCCGGACUUGCUUCAUUGACGGAGGACCAAAUCGAUCGUGCUUUGCCCACUACAGCUGUUCCUGCAACAGGCAUUGAGAUGCUCCGUGAUGCAACUGCAAACGCUGCCUCACAGAGAGUGCGUCUUGAAGGCUCGCCACGGAACAAUUCAAUGGCUACAGACGGUGCGGCUCGCGCACCUUUAGGCUUUAUCCCUGAGCCUCCUGGAGGGAGCGUGCGAUCUUCAACCACAUUUGCGUCAUCAACCCAACAAGGGCCAUUCAAAGACGAGGAUGUCCUGUUGUCCUUGCAGCUACUUGCAUAUUUAUCGAAAUACCCGUAUGUUCGACAGGCGUUCUACACUCCCCGCCCCGUCCCCACCACAUCGAAUAACAUUCGAAAUCCAUCCGUACCGGUCAUUGCCCCUAACAUCUUUUCCCUAGUUGAACGCUUCACAUUUAGACCUGCCAUUGCAGAGUCUCACCCUCGACUACCUUGGGAAAUCCAGUAUUGGGCUGGAGUCAUCAUGCGAAACGCGUGCCGCAAAGAUGAGAGCCGUGGCGGAAUCAGGCAGUGUGCCAACAUGACGUGUGGAAAGUGGGAGAAGUAUCCUCGUGAGUUUGCAAAAUGUCGGAGAUGCCGGAAGGCGAAGUAUUGUGGAAAGGAAUGUCAAAGUCGUGCAUGGACGGAGGGACACCGUUUUUGGUGUAGCGCUCGGGAUCCAGAGGAAGAGAACAAUCCUGACGGGAUUCGGCAUGGGAAUCAUUCUAGUGAUAACUUAACCCCUCGCCGUGCACAUCACCACCACCACCAUCAUUCGCACCAUCACCAUCACCGCCCAAGUCCAGUCGAGAGUGCCUCCGCGACGCAGAACCCUGGGCAAACGACGAGAUCCCAGUCUGGCAGGUAUGCUGCGCACGUACCUCCUUAUUCGGCAAACGACAUGAAUGUAGAUCGGACGCCACGGACUUCAGUGACCCGUACCCAUCAGCCGCAUCGCAAUCGAGCUGCAAUUCCGACUGGUGGAGAUUUGCCUUCGCCUACCGAUCAAGCGUCCGCACAGCUGACUAUGGCUCAAAAUCUUAUGACAAGGAUCAAUGCAAUGAGGAUGCCCUCUGCCACCGGAACGCGACUCCCACCAAUCCGUUUACCGUCUGAGGACGGCAGAUCCCCGUCCAGGGCAGGACCCAGUCGCCUCGAAACUGCUUCCCUGACCGUGCCACCAACACCCAUGGAGAUCGAUGAACAGACACCCCGCCGUAGCACGAUGAAUGUACAGAACUCUCGUCGUACCAAUUCGUCUGAUUCGGUGCCAGGCGCGCCACUUGGCCUACUUAAUAUGACCUCAAGAGUACCCCUCGGAUCGACAUCCUGGGCGCCCGCAGCAACUCCGCUGAGUAAUUUUACUAUGACCGGUCGAUUUGGUCCUCCGCCCUCUGAUCCUCCUCCGCGCCCUCCUUCUGUUACGCCGCGGAUGUCUCCUGAUCGAGUUCGAGAUCCUGAGCCUCUGACAUCUCUCAGCGAAGACAUACCCAUGAUUUGAUUGUCUGUGCUCAAAUGCUCUUACAUAAGAGCGUUGCUUGGGGAAGGGAUCAUCACAGCUUUCUUGAUAUGUCAUUGCAGUGUGUCGUGUUUUCGACCUUGGUCCUCCCUUUCACCAAUUCCAUUCCAUUUAUUCAAAGUCUGUUAUAGCUUUCAUCAUGAUCUCUAUUCACGCUCGCUUCAAUAAUCAUAUUCUACAGCAUCGUAGCGACUCUUGAAAACCCUCAAAGAUCAUUCCUAUAUCCUGUUCAAAUCGCACAUCCACUUCAAUUUGCAUCUCUUCUGACCCCGCGCCCUUCACAGCUAAUUAGCGCAUUGCAUUUUCGUUGUUUAUGUGGUUAUACUUUGAUUCAUGCUAUGCGACUCGCUUUAUUAGGCUAUGACGUGCGAGAACAAGUUCGACUGCUUUCGAUGAACUCAAGCACCAGCAU